AUGGCUGAUUCAAGAGUUCGCAAGAAUGCAUCAGAACCAAUCAAUACAUACUCAUUCAUUCGUGGAAGUUAUGAUUCAACAUUAACUAGAACAGUGAAUGAUAUAUUAAAUGAUUUGAAUAUUAAGGUAAGAGUUGAACAGAAGAACGAAGAAAUAAAGAGUAUAAUGAAUGAAAACAAAGAUGUAAACAUUGACGAUAAACUAGCUCAAAGCAUAGUUGAUGGCAUCUGUGAUUUUGAAGUACAUAAUGACGGUGGAAACAUGAAUUUAGAAAAAGAAAUAACCUUAUUCACACUGUUUCAAGCAAUUAAUUCGUUACCGGAUCAUUUGAUUAAUGAAGCAUACGAUAACGUUUAUAACUUCUGCAGCUUAACAGAAAAUGCAAAAAGUAAUUUUGAAAAAGCACGUAGUAGAUAUGCACAUUUAAUGACUUCUCCAUUUGUUUUAGUGAAGAUUCUGAAACUUUAUCAAAAGGAAUAUUAUGAUGAAUAUGUUUUACCUUUAUUACGUAAGCCAAAAAUAACAUUUGAUAUAAAACUUGAUGACUCGUUUUUGAUAACAGAUAUUAGACGCAAGGCUGAAAAUCAUCAGUAUAAAAACAGUUCUGAAGUAAUUGUGGAAAUAAAUAUUUCAUUCAAAAGGACUAUAAUAUCCACGACAAAAUGA